GGCCUUCUCUCCGAGCUCUCCAAGAUGGCGGUGUCCGGGACCCUGUACACGUACCCCGAGAACUGGCGCGCCUUCAAGGCUCUCAUCGCCGCCCAGUACUCGGGCGCUCGGAUCCGCGUCCUCUCGGGGCCGCCCCAGUUCCACUUCGGCCACACCAACCGCACCCCGCAGUUCCUGCAGAAGUUCCCGCUCGGCAAGGUUCCGGCGUUCGAGGGGGAUGACGGAUUCUGCGUCUUCGAGAGCAACGCCAUCGCCUACUAUGUGAGCACGGAGGAGCUGCGGGGCAGCACCCCCGAGGCAGCAGCAGCAGUGCUGCAGUGGGUGAACUUCGCUGACAGCGACGUGGUGCCCCCGGCCAGCACCUGGGUGUUCCCAACGCUGGGAAUCCUGCACUACAACAAACAGGCCACCGAGGUGGCGAAGGAGGAGGUGCGGAGGGUGCUGGGGGUCCUGGACGGGCACCUGAAAACCAGAACCUUCCUGGUGGGGGAGAGGGUGAGCCUGGCCGACAUCAGCCUGGUGUGUGCCCUGCUGUGGCUCUACAAACAGGUGCUGGACCCCGCAUUCCGGGGCCCCUUUGGGAACGUGAAUCGUUGGUUCCUCACCUGCCUGAACCAGCCCCAGUUCAAGGCUGUGCUGGGGGAGGUGCAGCUCUGCCAGAGGAUGGCGCAGUUCGACGCCAAGAAGUUUGCGGAGAGCCAGGCCCGGAAGGAGAAGGAGCCCCCCAAGAAGGAGAAGGAGCCCCCCAAGAAGGAGAAGCCCCCAAAAAAGGAGGAGAAGCGGCCGGAGCCCGACGAGGACCUGGACGAGUGCGAGCAGGUCCUGGCAGCUGAGCCCAAAGCCAAGGACCCCUUUGCUCACCUGCCCAAGAGCCCCUUCGUCCUGGACGAGUUCAAGCGCAAAUACUCCAACGAGGACACGCUGGGGGUGGCCCUGCCCCAUUUUUGGGAGCACUUUGACCCGCAGGGCUGGUCCCUGUGGUACUGCCAGUACCGGUACCCCGAGGAGCUGAGCCAGACCUUCAUGAGCUGCAACCUCAUCACCGGGAUGUUCCAACGCCUGGACAAGCUGAGGAAGAACGCCUUCGCCUCGGUGGUGCUGUUUGGCAGCGACCACGACAGCAGCAUCUCGGGGGUCUGGGUCAUGAGGGGGCAGGAGCUGGCCUUCACGCUGUGCCCGGACUGGCAGGUGGAUUAUGAGUCUUACACCUGGCGCAAGUUGGACCCCGACAGCGCCGAGUGCCGGACGCUGGUGACGGAAUAUUUCAUGUGGGAGGGGAAAUUCCAGCACGUGGGGAAACCCUUCAACCAGGGCAAGAUCUUCAAGUGAAUUUGGGCUCAAAUCCCGGGAUUUUGGGGACUGAAAUCCCGGGACUUCGAGGCCCUCCGGUUCUCCAGCCCCGAUCCAAUAAAAAAAAGCUUCGGACAGGA